AUGUGUACCGAAGGUUCAGGAAAGCAGACAUUUUAUCUGGUGGACGAGGCCGAAUUGCCGGGGAAAGGAAGUGACAGUGUUGUGAGCAUGGCCCACCACUACUUUCAGCACAAUGGCGUCGGUGAAAAACAUGCUGAGGUUUAUUUCGAUAAUGCUGUCGGCCAAAACAAGAACAAUGCUGUGCUUUGGUAUGCCAUGUGGCGUGUAAUUACAGGACUGCAUGAGAGUGUAACGCUAAACACUAUGUUGGUUGGGCACACCAAAUUUGCUCCUGACUGUCACUUCGGUAUCUUGCGAUGCUGUAAUGCCGAGAAUCUUCAAGAAAUUGCCCACACUGUAUCCGCCUCUUCAAAGUCAAGCCACAACAUCCCACAGUUGAUUAAUGACCCUCAGCAGCCAGUCACAUUUCACAGUCGGAAAUCAUGUUUAGAUACAUAUUUCAAAACUCUUAAAGAAUAUUACCAAAUACCACCAUUUCUAUGUAUCAAAACAUAAACCAGGAGUUGUAGUAUGCAAAGAGUUUGUAGAUUCCUUAGAAAAUUGAAGCUAACAUUUUGAGGAUGAGUCCAGAGUGUGGUGUUUUGCCUGAACAAAAGCACACACCAUGCCUAGAUGCUGCACGUCAAUGGUACCUUCAUGAUUCUAUUGGUCCAUUCUUUAGAUCUGAGUCAUCAAGAUCUGCAGUAUGCCCUAAACCAAUUCUGUGUAAAGUCAAAGUUGAUAUUGACAAAAAUAACACACAGAAAGGCAGUAAACGCAAACAUAGCCUUCUGUGUUAAUUCAAUGUGGACUGGUUAAAUCUAGUGCUCUACAGAUCUGUUUGUCAAACCAGUCUGGAAGUAUACUUAUGUCAUAAAUGGCAUUUUAAGCAAGUGUAAUAAAUCGUAAUAUGACAUCAUAAUAAUGAAUGGUGUUGAAAAUGUGAACGCUUUUUAGUAUCGAUUAAUGUGUUUAGCGCUGUAAAUACUCACAUUAGUAGGAUUGAUAUGAAUAUUAUAUCACAGGAGAGAAAAUGCAAAAUAACUUAUUGGAAUUGUUUACUUAGAUUGUUAUAGGCUUGCCAAGUUCCUUUAUAUUAGUUGGACAGAAAACACUUGUUUAAUCAACUUUGUAUUGAACAACUUAAGUAAUAUCCUCUACAUCUAAAGACUAACACAAUUAAGAUCUAUGUAUCUCUGUCAUCUGAAACAUGAGAAAGAAUAUUUGCUUUUUUUGUGUAUUACUUAUAUUAUUGAUUGGUUGCAUUGCAUUGUGCAAGUGUUUUUUAUUACCAAAUCAUUGCAAACUACAACUCUGUUUUUUAGCAAAUGAAAGAGACCGUGCAGAUUUUUUCUUAAUCACUUGCUAGGCCUUUAGCAUUACCAAAAUGUGACUUGACAA